UAUAUUAAUUUAUAAAAAUGCCUGUCGCAGUCCGCUUAGUUGAAGUUUUAGCGCUUACAACAUUACUUGGCAUUUUGACUGGGUUAGCUGUGUUCGUAGUGGCGGCUCAACGCAUGAUGUUCCUCGUUUUGUUACUUAUAACGCCGGUGACUUAUGUCUUAUAUGGCCUUUUGUACGUCUCAGAAAAGGUAAUGGUUACCGCUCUAAGCGGCCUAUUGGUUGUAACGAGUAGCGUUGGGAAUUUCUAGCGAAGGCUUUCCAUUUUGUAUGUCCGUGAAAAUACUG